AUGGCCAGCUGCUUGGCACCCGCGUUGCUGCUGCUACUGCUUCUAGGGUCACCGAGCGCUGUCGCACCGAACCGAUGCGUGGACGCGGCCGACGCGUGCACCGCGGAUGCGCGAUGCCAGCGGUUGCGCACCGCGUACGUGGUGCAGUGCCUGGGUCGGGCCGCGCCGGGGAGCUGCCCCCGCGCCCGCUGCCGCCGCGCCCUGCGCCGCUUCUUCGCCCGCGGGCCGCCCGAGCUUACCCACGCGCUGCUCUUCUGCCCGUGCGGCGGCGCCGCAUGCGCCGAGCGCCGGCGCCAGACCUUCGUGCCCUCCUGCGCCUUCUCGGGUCCUGAACCGGCCCCGCCCUCCUGCCUCGCGCCCUUAGACGCCUGCGAGCACAGCCGCGUCUGCAGGCCCCGCCUCUUGGCCUUCCAGGCCUCCUGCGCGCCUUCCCCCAGCGACCUGGACGGCUGCCUUCGAGACCAGGUGCCCAGCUGCCUGCGCGCCUACGCCAGCCUCGUGGGCACCGCCGUCACCCCCAACUACGUGGACAACGCAAGCGCGCGCGUGGCGCCCUGGUGCGACUGCGGAGCCAGCGGAAACCGGCGCGAGGAGUGCGAAGUCUUCCGGGGACUCUUCACAAGGAACCGCUGCUUGGAUAGAGCCAUACAGGCCUUUGACGGUGGGUGGCCCUCAGUCCUCCACGACCAGCUGGACCCCCACCAGGACCCUGAGCACAGCCUCCUACAGGUGUCCUCUGCAGAUGCGUCCCUGGAGGGGAGCUCCAUGCUCUCCAUGCUCCCUGUUCUGGCUCUCCAGCCCCUGCUCUGA